AUGGCUCCUAUCAAUGUGCCUCCUAAGCAUAAAAAGCAGUUCGGAAUCAUUCCUGAUGACUAUGUCUUUGCACAGGAGUUAGAGGCACAAAGGAGAAAUAUCGAAGGUUAUGGUAAUGGUAAUGAUGAGGAUAACGAAGCUCUCCGUAAUGAGGCUCCGCUGACUUUUGCCAAUAUUAUUACGGAUGCAUUAAUUGAUUAUCUUACCGCAAACCAGAAUGCAUCAAAAGAACCUCCACAUAAGCGACAGAAACUUGUAACGGGAUCUGAGUUGCAAUCAUUGAACGAUCAUGUGUCGGGAGAUUACAUCGUCGUCAAGGAAUCUUCGUGGGAAAUCAGAUGUCUUCAACCAAAGUUAUCCUCGGAUAGCACCACCUUGACAACUCACCCCGAGUCGAUACAGCUCAAGAAAACGGAUGCUCUGUUGAAGGUUCUAAACACUUACUUUCCUGAUCCAAAUCGCGAAAAUUUGGAUCCGCUGUCUGCGCAAGAUUUCUAUCAAUCUGCACAUUCGUCAGAUCCGGAUGAUGAGAUUCCUGCCUCCAUCGAAACACCCCGCUUGAAAUCAACUCUUUACCCAUUUCAAAAGCGGGCUGUACAAUGGCUGCUUCGCAGGGAAGGUGUCGAAUGGUCUCGCGCGACCGCAAAUGUCAGAGAGGCACAGUUCGAGGUGGCAGGUCAGUUGCCUGUCUCGUUCAUUGCAGCAACAGAUUUGAAAGGGCGCUCUUUUUAUGUCAGUCAUUUGUAUGGAAUAGUUACUUUCAACCCUGCUCCUUUCUUCGCAAUGGAACGAGAAAUCAAGGGUGGUAUUCUUGCAGAGGAGAUGGGCUUGGAACAGUGGAUCAGUGAGAUCAAAACUCAUGCGCCACAUCUCAAGGUUACUUACUAUGAAGGUAUCAAGAGCCGGACACUUCACCAUGAGGCAAUAAUGGACGACUUUGCCACCUCCGAUAUAGUCAUUACCACGUAUGCUAUACUUGCAUCAGAGAUCCAUUUCACCAGUCUGAAUCCGGGGAGAACAUUGCGCAGGGAGUCAAAAUACCGGAGACCCAAAUCGCCUUUAAUUCAGUUCUCGUGGUGGCGUGUGUGCCUAGAUGAAGCACAAAUGAUUGAGAGCAGUGUUAGUAAUGCCGCAAUUGUCGCAAGGAUGAUACCUCGAAUCAAUGCUUGGGUAAUUACUGGCACCCCGGUCAGAAAGAACAUCAAAGACUUAUUAGGGCUACUCAUCUUCCUAAGAUAUGAGCCCAUAGUUUCGCUCUGGCCAUCGUUCGUAUCCUCCAAGCAAGACUUCCACAAGUUGUUCGGAUCCAUCAGCUUACGUCACUCGAAACAAAGUGUUCGUAAAGAGCUGAAAUUACCCAAACAACGCCGCUUCGUAAUAACUAUGCCUUUUAAUGCCAUUGAAGAAGCAUACUACCAAGAAUUAUUUAGUCAAAUGUGUGAGGAAUCAGCAUUAACCCCCGAGGGUAAGCCUCUUAUGUAUGGCUGGGAUCCGAAGGAUUAUGCCGAGGUGAUGAGACGCUGGCUUGUACGGUUGAGACAGGUUACAUUGCACGCCGAAGGUGGUGGACGCAAAAAACGAACCAUUAGGCAAAAUGGAAGUGGAGAUGACUCGGAACCAGUUAUUCAAGCGGCAAGUAAGGUUCUCGAAGUUAUGUUCUCACAAACAGAUGUUGCGAUUAGAACAAAUCAUCGGUCACUUCUUCUUUCUCGGCUCAAAAGAGGGCAAUUGUAUGAGGACUCACCUCGAGUUCAAGAGGCUUUGAAAAUCUGGGAAGCAGUAAUCUUAGAGUCCUCUGUUGGUCUAGGUGAAGCUAGAGAUGAGUUAAUUGGUGAAAUAUCAUCGGAGAAAGCAAAGCGGGCUGUUCAUCUAGAGAAAGGUUCAAAUGCCCCAAGCCAAAGCGCUGAAAGGAUCAAUGAAGAAGAAGUUGAAGGACAAGAUGGAUUGGAUCCUGCCUCGCCCCUAGGACUAAGUCGAGCACAGUUGAGGGCCGCCUUAGAACUCCAUCACAUGGCGGUGUUCUUCCGGGCAAACGCUCACUUCCAGAUUAAAACAAACGAGGAAAUGACAAAACCGGAUUCUCCAGAGUUUAAAAACCUUGAUAUACUCGAAAGACAGGGUUACGAAGAAGCUAAGGACUUGCGGCGCGAGAUAUUACAAGAUGCCUUUAACAAAGCAAACUCCAUGAUGAUCACAAUUAGGAACGAUACAGAAUCCCGUACACCUCUCCAAUUGCCUAAAUACGUAGCCAACACUCUCAGCAGGGGCACCGAAAGCCGCCGUAUCAUGGAAGACCUCGAAAGACUCGGGAUUCAUCUAGACAAUCAAGCUCAUCAGAUUAAUGAAUGGCGAGAUCAUCUCAGACGGAUCUUGUUGAGCACAUUGGUCGACAACGAUGAUGAUGAAGUAGCUAUUAGUGGAGAUGAAUAUGAGAACUCUACAAAAGUACAAGAAGAAGUUGUAGUAUACGUACAAGCAUUGCGGACAAUGAUUGCGGAUAGACAGGCAUCGUUAAGCGGAAUACGGAAUUAUCUAACUGACGAAGAAGCUAAAAACGCUUUACGGGAAGCGAAAAGGGGCGAAGGCCCUUACCCAGAACGACUGCUUGAACUGUUCAAUGUAAGAGACCGCUUUGUUCAUGAACGCAAUAGUGUUAGGGGGACUCUGUCAGCACUCCGGACCCUCGUGUCUAAACUCAAGGCAAAUAAUGCACAAAAUGAACUCUCGAUUGUUGAAUCUCAACUAAAAAUGACCCACAAACAACUCAUGGAUCAGACGAAAGUGGCUGAAGCCCUGGAGAAGGAAGUAGGGCUGUUCACAAAGUGUAUGAACUUUCGGGUGGAAUAUUAUAAACAACUGCAAGCAAUCUCAAAUCAGGUAGCUCCUUGCCCUGUCUGUAAAAAGAAAUUAAUUCACGCAGAUCUUCACGAAAUUACCUACAAACCACAAGAACCAACACUGACCACCGAAACAGAGGAGGUUAGAGAGCCACUAAAGGAACGGUCGCUUAAUUCUAACACCCCUCAAAAAUCCGCAAUCUACUCAGAUUUCAGCCGAGCUACUCUUUCUGCCAUCAAGAACGUCGAGCUUCCAGGUAAUAAUUCAUUUGGCACCAAAAUUGACACCCUUGCCCGCCACAUUCUUUACCUUAGAGAAUCAGAUCCUGGCUCAAAGUCAAUCGUUUUUUCUCAGUUUGCAGAAUUUUUACCGAUCUUGGCUCGCGCAUUCCGUGUAUUCCGCAUCGGCCAUGCAUCCAUUGAUAAGCCUAAUGGAAUUGAGAUAUUCAAAAAUGAUCCCAACAUAGAGGUUUUCCUACUACACUCUCGAGCGCAUAGUGCUGGAUUGACACUAGUUAAUGCUAGUCAUGUGUUCAUCUGCGAACCUUUAUUGAACACUGCGCUGGAAAUUCAGGCCGUAGCACGCGUCGAUAGGAUUGGCCAACUUGUCGACACCAAUGUUUACUUACAUAUCAUUGGCAAUACUGUUGAACAAUCAAUCUAUGAGUUAUCUGUUAAGAGACGUUUAGAGCAUCUGGGGCAUGCAGCCAAAUCGAAAAAGGGGAAGGAGAGAGAGCUCUCGGAUGAAGAACUGGUAGCGCAUGGUCUGGAAGAGGCUGAUAGUAAAGAGAUGCAGGAAUCGAUACUCGCGAAUCUUAUAGCCAAGGGUAAAAGUGGUGAAGUCGUUUCAGAAAAUGAUCUAUGGACUUGCUUGUUUGGUGGGAGAACGAAGCGCGAUACUAUGGAUCUUACUGAUGAUGCUACUGGGGAAGAUCCAAUGGAUGUGGAAGAUCCUAGUGGCAGUAAUGUGGUUUAA